CUGUGCGACAGGAAAUGUGCGACUCUGAAUGAGACCUGACACAUGUCUUUGAGAUGGGUACAGGAGUUUCAGUUGUCCUCUAAAUCCAGAAGAAAAAAAAUAUCACUGGGGGUUAUAUCAGCAUCAAGAUGACGGUCAUGAAAAUUGUUUUAUCACCACUUAAAAUAACGUGAUCUUAUCAAGAGAAAGGAAGAUCAAAUUCCCAAGAGGAUGAUGCAGGAAAAGAUGCAAAAAUAUUUCAUUUCUCUACAGUCAUAAGGGUCGUCCCCUAUUGUCCGGACAUGUUCCACUGGAGGAGGGCAUUGCCCCUCUCAGUGCGCUUGUUUCAGAUCCGUAGUAUAAGUUCCGAUCCACUCCUGGACCAGCUGGUAACUUGCACCAAUCAGUUCCAGAUAUUUCAGCUUGUUGGGAUCCAUAAGUCCAAGCUUACAGUCCAGCAUGUGGGUUGCGCCAUUAACACCUUAUGGGAGAUUCAGAAGGAGAAAACCAGCUCGUCCUUAAAAAGUGAAGCUGUACGAAAUCACCCAGAAUUUAUUGCUCUUCGGAUCCUGGCAGAAAAUAAAAUUGACUUCAUGAAUGAUGCCGCCUUGGUGAAUACAUUGUAUGCUGUAAUAAGGUUUAAUGUAGAAGCUCAUGAUUCUUUGGUGCAGCAGCUACUAGUAGAAGGCUGGAGAAGACUGGAGAGGUUUGAACCAGAGACACUAUCAAAAUUUGCUGUUUGUUUGGAAAAAAUUGAUCUAGGCACCAGUCCGCUUAUGGGACAGGUAGUCAACGCUCUGAACAUGAAUCUGGAUAACAUACCGAAUAUCAGAAUCUUAUCCAGUCUUAUGAUCAAGACGUUCCCCGUCACCUCUACAAGGCUGCAGCAUCGAUUGGCCGAAAAGGCAGAAUCCUUCAUGGAGAGUAGUGAUAAUGUAGAUGUGCACAGUGUGCGCAGGAUCGUCCAGUUUCUGUUCCUGAUGAAGUAUGACCACCAGCUCCUUAUGGAUAAAUGCAACAAAGUGUUCAUACGAGACAUAAAGAAGAUGAACACAGACACAAUGUGCAUUGUUACCGGUCUGUACAGACAAAUGGCCUUCAGGCAGUAUGAAUUUCAGGUCAUGGCAAAGUCGUCUCUGCUGGAAUUAUCAAACCUGUGGAAUAACGCUGAGCAUUUUGGGAAAAUAUUUUGUGCCUUAUUUCCAAUGGCUUCCCAGGAGACAAGAAACAGGCUUGAAGACGACCUUGUCAUACUGGCUGAUAAGAUCCAUCAUAUCAGUUUGGUGUAUAUCCUGGAGACCAUGGCAGAAGAAGAAUGUAAAAAUCCCAUACUCAUUCAAAAAAUCUGCUCAUCUAUCCAGGAAAAUCUAGAUAAUUAUCAUCGACUGUAUUUAUGUAAAAUAACAGAUGCCCUGGUGUGCCUGCCCUGCCAGAAUUAUCAGCUGUUUGCUGAUCUACAGAAACGUCUAACUGCCUAUAUGAAGACGUGUUACAUUCCAACCGUUGUGGUUAUGAUGACCAGAUCCCUAUCAAUGCUGACCCUUACCAAAGUGGAUGAGGCCAUCCUUACCAAGAUUGACGCCAUCAUUCCCCAGUGCGAUCUCAGCGACUUGAAUAGCAUUGCUAACAGCCUCAUCCGGUGGUUAGAGCCGGUUAAGGUGUCCAGACAGAAUAAAUCUGGGCUGUAUGAAAAACUCCUCCAUAAAGUGAGCAGACACGGGCUGGAGAGAAUCCAACACAUGGACAACAUUGAUAAUCUGUUGCAGGAACUGACAUACAUGAUGAACGGGCAGUGGCUGCAGAAUAUGCUCAUAGACGACAUACUGCACACGUGCCAGCGCCUGCUGCAUCAGGUCACGUGGAUCAACGCUCCAUUUUUAGCGCUGGUUACUAGUUACUGUAACACUCUGUGUCCUUCAGUGCUGGAUAGGAUUGCAGAAGUUACCAAGGAGAAUAUUACAAAGAUUCAUCCCACUGAUUUGAACAGAAUUUUAUAUUCCUUUGUCAAUUUGAACUACGAUCCCCCGCAAGAAGAGGAGUUCUAUAAUAUGUGUAUUCAGCAUAUUCUCUCUAAUUUAAAUUCCUUACCUCCCCAUCUAAUGGUUCUGGUUGGAUUCACGCUUGCUGUUGCACAAUAUUUUCCUGAGGGGCUGAUUAAAUCCAUUUUCAACAUUGGUUUCCUAACCAAAUUGGAUUCUGAACUUGAUACCUUUCCGCCUGACAGAAGUACCAAGAUCCGUGUGCGUCUGAUGCAGUUAAAUCGAGCCGUUUGUCUGGAGUGCCCCGAAUACCAAGUCCCAUGGUUUCAUGAAGGUUACUGUCGGCAGAUGAAGCAAAAAGAUUCAAACAACAAAAGAUCCAUUUAUAAUCAAAUUCACCUGUUUCUUGGAGAUCUCCUUGGAGGAAUUAAUUAUGCCAAGAUGUUUGUUACUACUCCAUAUUACUAUACAGUAGACUUUGAGUGCAUACUGAACCAAAAUAAAAAGCCUAUUGCGUAUAUGGAUGAAAACAAGCUUUCCUCUAAUGUGGCAGAAGUACAGUGGGGUCUGGACAGUCAGUUAAUGGAUAACAAGCCUUUACCACAAGGAGCCCAGAGAGUUGCCAUUGAAUUUCUUAAUCCAGUGGCCUUUUGCAGAAAUUCUACGAAGAUUAAAGGAUUAAAUGCCAUGAAGAAAAGACAUUUGGAGAUCCUGGGGUACUAUGUAGUUCAGAUCCCUAGUUUUGAAUGGAAUUCGAUGGAACUAGGAACAAAGGACACUUGGAUAAACUAUCUCAGGAAGAAGAUCUUUGCUAAUGAACUUUAAAAUGUUUUAUGCAAAGUUGUAAAUAAACUAUUUUAUAAUAUGUUAUGUAUAUCUGUGUAGGUUGGGUAAAAAAGAAAACACAAAAUAAAACCGUUUUUAUUUUUAUUCAAUAUCAAGAUUAUAAUUUUUUUUUUUAUUGUGUGCAAAUUAGUGCAAAGGAAAUAAAAGGAAUGGUAAA